AUGUCUAAAUGUCAGGAAAGGGAUUUAUUUCCUGAUCCAUUAUAUAUAUACAUGGAUUUCGAAAAGUCUGCUAUGACCGCGGUUAAGAGUAUCAUUGGGUAUCACAUCGUAAUUAGAGGAUGUUUUUACCAUUUGUGUCAAAGUACACAUAGAAAAAUUCAGAAGCUGGGUCUGGAAAGCGAAUAUAGGACGGAUGAAACUCUAAGUUUUUUUUGUGGCAUGAUGGACGGCUUAGCAUUUGUUCCGUUAUGUGAUAUGGAUAAUGCAAUGACAUUCCUUAGAUCAGUUACUCCGAGCAAUGGUAAGGACAUUCUCGAUUAUUUCAAUAAAAAUUAUGUCAAUGGAAACCUGGAACAGAGUACUCUCUCAGAUGAAGAACGAACAAAUAAUCAAUGCGAAGGUUGGAAUCAUCGUUUUUCUAAUCUGGUUGGUAAUAAACACCCAUCAAUCUGGGUACUCAUUAAAAAAAUGAAAUGCGAGGUGGCUGCCGACGAAACCAAACUUGAAAGAUGGCGCGUAGGUAGUUGGACAUAUAAAACAAAAUCGCAGAGUUCUAACAACCAGAUUCGGCUAAAGAAACUUUGCGAAGAAUACCGUGAUGGGGUGCGAAGCCUUCCGGAUUUUAUAAGAGCGAUAUCCUUCAAUAUUCGAUGUCAACCAAUAUAA